UCGAUUUUAUGCUUAUUUCCUCACACUUCACAUUAACAUACAUACAUACAUACAUUCAAAAACAAAGGUUAAUAGUCAUGGCUAAGUUUGCUUCCGUCAUCACCCUUCUCUUCGCUGCCCUUGUUCUCUUUGCUUCUUUUGAAACACCAACGAUGGUGGAAGCACAGAAAUUAUGUCAGAAGCCAAGUGGGACAUGGUCCGGAGUUUGUGGAAACAGCAACGCGUGCAAGAAUCAGUGCAUCAACCUUGAGGGAGCAAGACAUGGAUCUUGCAACUAUGUCUUCCCAUAUCACAGGUGCAUCUGUUACGUUGCAUGUUAAUUUACCCAAAAUACUCUUUUGUGGGUACUAUAUACUGUGUGUGUAUUUUACAUAAAAUAAGUCUGUGUUCACUAUCCCUGCGUGACUUUAUGACAUGUAUCAGAUAUGUUUAUGUUUGUUUGGUUAUAAUAUAAAGUUUUAUAUACCACAAAUUAAAAUCGCAUGUCAAUAUAAAGAGAGGUGCAUAACAUCAUGUCCAAUUGAAUAAUACAAGUGACUUACUUUGGAAAAAAAAGUGGUGGCGUAUACAGUAUAAAUAUUGGUUUUUACGAUUGGAAGUGGGUUGGUUCUCUUGUGGUGGCCUAAGAGGUUUGGUUUUUUUGUGCCUCGGAUUCAAACUAUCUUUGACACGGAGAUAUAUUUUUUAAAUCGAAAUAUAAAAAGAGUUAAUUCCAAGUACCGUGAAAGAUUAUGAAACUUAAAGUAUUUUAAAUAAUAAAAAAUGCCAAAAAUGUAUAUCUGGUUUUCGAUUUGCAUGCAUGUAUUGUACGAGUACGUUGAAAAGUAAAUGACUACACACAGAAAAGUAGAAGUCCAUUGCUUGAGGCCUUUUGUAGCCAAACCAGUUCUCCACGCACAAACUACCAAAAGUAUUGACUGAGCCUCCUUGACAAGAGCUACUGCGUUAAAGUAAUUUAUUCAGUUAAUCUUGGAAACAAAGAUGAGGUGCUACAUAAUCUAAUACAGUGGAAAAAAUAUGAAAAAUAUACGGUAUCUCCGAUUUAAAUGAGAUUGUGAGCGAGAACAAAGACUUUUGCAAUUAAUCGGCACUUGAAACUCUAGAGUACUUUCCAGAAAUGAAGCAACCCACGGUUGUUGGAAGCCAGAAAUGAUGUAGUUUGUAUUUUAGGCCCGACUAUAGCGUAAAGACUGAUGGGGAAAUUGCACAAAACCUCACUAAGGUGCAGCGGAAUAAAGUUGUCCUUAAUUAUGUAAUUAUGUGAGAAAAAU